AUGCCAGAGGGUAGCUGCUGUGCCAUUUGCGGCGGCCACUUUUACGCCGGAUAUCACGAUCGACUCCCGUCAUCUUCUUUUCGUGACCUAGGCGGAAAGGUGAAAAGUGACCCGUUGAAGCAGCUAAACCUGCAAAAUCAUGUUGAAGAUGGGCAAGGGUCUCGGCGAUUGGGGCGACCUGGGCGAACGCAUCGUGGUUUGCGCACGUCAGCAUCCACAGCGGCCCGCUGUCAUUCUGGAGAGACGUCAUCGCCACCUAGCUGGCCUGGUUCUUCGAGCUCCAAGACAGCCUCGCCGAGGAGCAGCCCGAUGAUAUUGCGACAAAACCCAAAAGCUUAUGCACCGCGUGCGAUUGCUCUACAUCUGGGUAGACACCAUCUGGAAACUCCGCCUGCGCUGGGGAACUCGCGGGCUCCGGAUGGGAGCAAGCUAUGCUCCUCGGCGGCCAAGAUCUGGAAGAGAUUCACGGUGACCAACAAUGAGGGGCUUUCCCUGCUAGGCGAUGAGGACAACUUUAUCUUUGUCGAGGGUUGGCAGGAUACGACGAAGUUUCAAGGGUUCGAGGCCUUUUGCCGGGCAACGGAUGCUUGGCUGGUCGGCCUUGGUGUUACCACCGAGGGCCGAGAGCCGCGAAGGAUCAGGGCGACUGGCGAUGUGGAUGGAGUGCAGGUUGUCGGUUCGGUAGCAACCGUGCCCGCAGGCGACUGGAUUUGCGGUAUAUUGCUGCAUAUUCCCGCUAUUGACAUUGUCGGGGCCGUCUCCGGUGAUAGGAAGACUUCUGUCAAGUGCCUAACGGUAUGUGCUAUCAUGUCGGGGCUCUCUGAGCCACAGAUGCAGGUUUUUAACUCCCAGCUCCCUUGGACCAUAUCCAAGACGGACAACAGCCAUGGAACUCUGCCAUUUGCUGACAUCGGACUUGUCACUCUGUGGGAUAGCGAGCUCGGAGGCGGCGAUGACGAUGGCAACAACGACAACAACAACAAUGACAACGGCAUUCGUCCCAACGGCACCGCCCACCUGCGCAGCGACGAAAUGGCCAUCGACCACGUCCUCUGGUCUCAGCCGGCAACGCUCCACUUCACCCGGCCGUACUACAACAACCACUCGCUACGGAUUGUGAACUACGAUGCACGACGAGCGGAUGCAGAACUCUUAGAGGUCGGCGACGACCUCGCGCCUCAUGAAGUUUUGCUGUGGGCUGCAGACGCAUCUGAAAUCGCCCAGCUGAAACGCGUCUUCAUCUUCAUCGCGUACUCGGACGAGGUGGACAAGACGCACUUUGGCAUGUUUGACAUCUGCGGGUUGGCCGUGGAAUACCUCGAUUGUCAUCCCGACGAGGGCAGGCUCGUCGGUCGCAUGGGGGAGGGAAUCUGGCUCCAUGGAGCAGGUUGA